AUGGGAUUGUGCAAGUGUCCAAAAAGAAGAGUUACAAAUCUGUUUUGUUUUGAACACCGUGUCAAUGUCUGCGAACAUUGCAUGGUUACGAAUCAUCCAAAGUGUAUUGUUCAGUCCUAUAUACUGUGGCUCCAUGACCACGAUUACAAUCCUAUUUGUGCGUUAUGCUCAGUAAAUCUAAGCGAAGGAGAUUGCGUACGAUUGACUUGUUAUCACAUGUAUCACUGGGCAUGUUUGGACAAAUAUGCGAGAGAAUUACCAGCAACUACAGCACCGGCAGGAUACACAUGCCCAACAUGCAAGGAACGCAUUUUUCCUGACUCGAAGUUAGUUUCUCCUGUGGCUGAUGUGUUGAGAGAGAAGUUGGCUGGUGUAAAUUGGGCAAGGGCUGGUUUAGGUUUACCAUUGCUCAGUGAAGACAGAGAGCAAAAACCAGAGCCGGAGCAUCCUUCGUUGAGAAUUGAGACCACGUCAUACCAAAACCAUGCAUUAACAACAUCAUCACCGUCGACAGCUACAUCGCGUACUAUUAGCAGUGUAAAUUCAGUUCACAGUAAUAUAAAUAAUGUGCAUUUGAACAAUCAGAAGAUUGGACCACCAUACUCAAUUGUAAAUAUCGAUUCGUCCAUGGGAUUGUCGCAGCCGACGUCGAGGAAAGUUUGCGAAGCUUACGACGAUCCCAAAGAAAUGUCGUUCGAUCAUGAUGAGAAUAAAUAUAGGAGAAAGUCUGCCGUUGAAUGGUUCUUGAGGUGGUGGAAGUUGAUAGUUAGCCCGCCAACGCGGCGUAGGAACACAGCCGGUUCACUAUACAUGAGAUACACGGUGCUAGGCGUCAUGGGAAUAUUAGCUUUCAUCGGAAUGUUAAUCCUGUUUUCAUGGCUUGGAAGAAUGGCCACCGACGGCGAUCCAAGUUAUGAUCUUCGCGCUGAUCCCAACGUUUUAGUCGACGAUAAACCC